CAUCAGGUGUGACUGACCUCAGGGACAGAAGCACAUAGGAGGAGGAUCCAGUGAUCGAUAGUCAAUAGAGGAGUGAUUGAUCAAUCGAUUGGAGGAUGAUGUGGAUGUGGCGUAGCGUCCUGUGUGUGUCUCUGGUCUCUGGUCUGGCUCUGGACUCCAACACCAUCAGAUCCUCCAAAGAGACGACGCAGCAGAGCUCCGAGCUGCCGGACCGUUCCUACGGCGACCCGGUGGACCGUCCAGUACGGCGCCGGACGGAGACGACGUUCAACUCCAAUCGAGGACAAACACCUCCAUGUUCUACACCCGACUGCUCCGUACCCCAGAGGGGAGGCUGCAGUAACAGAGCUCAGAGGAGGCCGUCCUUGCAGGACAGACAGGUGGACAGGCAGCGAGACAGAGAGACAGACAGCCACAUAAACAUUGACGGCUUCAACAGGACAAAAGCUCCAGAAAUGUCGAGCUGUGUGCGGUCCGGUGACUGUGCGUCCGGUCUGUGCUGUGUCCGGUAUCUGACCGGUAAACGAUGUCAGAGGAUCCCGGUGGAGGGCGAGGCCUGUCUGCUGAGAGGGUCCACCAAACUGAGGAGGAAGCUGGGGCGUUGCGACUGUGACACGGGGCUGUCCUGCACCGCUGUCAGCCUGGCGGAAUCAGGGAAAGCAAAAGGCCAAGGGGUGUGUCAGCCCCGCCAGAGACAGGGCCAGAGGAACACAAGGCACUCUGGGAAGAAAAGGAGGACGGCAGAGAGGAGCUGCUGACAGAUUAUUUAUAAACUCUGUAUCUUUUGUACACAUUUAAUUUAAACGUUAGUUCAAUUUGUUGGUGAGACGUGUGUUUUCUCCACAGAAGACAGCACAGCAGUAGUACCCAAACUGAAGGGCAGUAAAAAAAAGUUACAAUAUUUUAUCAAUAAAAGUCACUAUAGUAGCCCAUAUUAAAUGAGGUGAUGACAACUGUGCCGGUUGAAAGUGUUUAAACUUGAGUAAAACAUUCAUAUUUACUUUGCCAUCAUCACAUUUGAACAGACAUUAAAUGAAAAGUUUGAGAUUUUGAGAAAUAGUGUACUCUUACUAGCUGAGAGGAAGAAAAGCCUUGUCUUCCUUUCACUAGAAGCAGGGGACAGCUAUCCUGAGGCAAGGACACCAAAAGCAGGGGGUCCAUGGGGUCAUUGUAGCUAUCUGUAGCCUACUCCUGAGUGAAGGGAGCCAACGGGUUGAGGUUUCACGAAAGCAUUUAGGAAACAAA